GCGGGGCUCGGGGCAGGGCCGGGGCGGGACGCGGGACGCGCCGCGCGGCUCCCCCGGCCGCGGCCCGCUCCCUGCCCUUCCCGCGGGCACAGCUGUGGGGCCGGCGGCGGCCGAGGCGCGGAGUGGCGGGACGAGGAGGAAGCAGUGCGGAGCCUAGUUUCGGGGCGGCGGGAGCCGGUGGGGGCCCGGCGAGGAGGGCUGGAGGUGGCGGGGCCCGGCGAGGCCACGAUGAAGCCGAACGGCGAGGACGAGGAGGCGCCCGCCGGGGGCCCCUGGGAGGAGUGCUUCGAGGUGGCCGUGCAGCUGGCGCUGCGGGCGGGACAGAUCAUCAGGAAAGCCCUUUCUGAGGAAAAACGCGUCUCAACAAAAACAUCAGCUGCAGACCUGGUGACAGAAACGGAUCACCUUGUGGAAGGUUUAAUUAUUUCCGAGCUGCAAAAGAGGUUUCCUUCGCACAGGUUCAUUGCUGAAGAGGCUGCAGCCGCCGGGGCCAAGUGUGUGCUCACCCCCAGCCCCACCUGGAUCGUCGACCCCAUUGAUGGCACCUGCAACUUUGUGCACAGAUUUCCCACCGUGGCAGUAAGCAUUGGAUUCGCUGUAAACCAAGAGCUGGAAUUUGGAGUGAUUUACCACUGCACAGAGGAGCGGCUGUACACAGGCCGGAGGGGCCGGGGCGCCUUCUGCAACGGCCAGCGACUCCGGGUCUCCGGGGAGACAGAUAUCUCCAAGGCCUUGGUUCUAACGGAAAUUGGCCCCAAACGUGACCCUGCCACUCUGAAAUUGUUCCUGAGCAACAUGGAGAGGUUACUCCACGCCAAAGCUCAUGGGGUCCGAGUUAUCGGGAGCUCCACCUUGGCACUCUGCCACCUGGCCUCGGGGGCUGCGGAUGCUUAUUACCAGUUUGGCCUGCACUGCUGGGACCUGGCUGCCGCCACCGUCAUCAUCAGAGAAGCAGGUGGCAUCGUGAUGGACACUUCAGGUGGACCUCUCGACCUCAUGUCUUGCAGAGUGGUGGCUGCGGGCACCCGAGAAAUGGCGACGCUCAUAGCUCAGGCCUUACAAACGAUUAACUAUGGGCGGGAUGAUGAGAAGUGAAAGGGAGCAGAGGGGCAGAGAAAUGUGACCCAAGGACUGGGCCCUCCUGGGAAUGCUGAGGCUGGCGGCGAGCCCUGGGACAAAGCUGCCUCCAGCAGUCUGCACACAUCAAGUGUCUCUGACCACCCCCAAGAGGAGGUGUUUUGCUAAAGUAUGUGGCUUUUUGGUUAAAUCCACGUCUUUCACCGGGAUUCGGUGUUUAGCUGGUGUCUCUCUUUAAUCUCACAUAGCCUUUAUCAGGUUAGUACACAUUCUUCUAUCAGGGCCAAAAUCCAAAUCUCGUGUGACAUACGUAUUGAAAAUUGAGUCUUGAUUUUUUUUCCUCCAGAAUGCAAAUCUCAGGUAAUAAGGCUUUAGAACUGCUGAUGAAGCGGACUUGUUCUCAGGCCCUCCCCCAUGGUACUUCAGAAUGCAAUAAAAUCAAAAUAAUGGCGCUCUGCU